GAGCCCGCGAACUUUGACUGGCAAAGAGAAAUAACAAGAAAAAACAGAAAAAGAGAUCGAUAUGGAUUAUAAGUGAACUUUCAGCUAAAAAUGACCGAAAGAAUCGAUGGUAUAACGCAUUUAUGCUUCUUUGAUGAAGGAUCGUGGUUUCAGGGUCGCUUGAUAACAGAGCAAAAAAGGCAAUAUGGUCUCCUUGGCCAAGAAUGCAAUGUACCAUCAGGGAGAUUCCAUGAAUGCUGCUUUGAUGAAGAACCAGCCUUUUUCAACAUCACCCUCAUCGACUUUGAGAAUAAAACAGAGAAAAUAAUUAGAUAUGUUAUGAAGACCAAUGGCGAUAACUGCACAUUGGAGUGUGAUGCAUUGACAUUUCACACAGAAGAUCUGCUUGUCGGAGAGAAGGCAGUACAGCAUGUUGAGAAGUUUUGCUCUCCAAAGCUAAAAGGCAAGGAAUGUAUAGUGUGUGCUGGUCACAUGACAAUAGAACUUGCUUGUGAAGAAUCAGAGUAUGAGUGAGGCAUAGGGAGUUAGUAUAGUUAGUAUAUAAUAUUGUAUAUAUACACAGUCGAAGGUCUCUGAGCAACCUCUCUUAUGAGGGACCUGCUCCCAAAACGCCUACGAUCACAAAUCACUGAUUGAAUUGUCACAAAAACUCUGUAAUUGGAAGCUUUCAAAAUUCAAUCUUCAAAAUGCCAAAAUUUCAAAGGGGGCUAAAUUCAUUUUUCAUCAGUGGAUUUCCUUAUUUUGAGAGCCACAAGUUUAUUAGCAUAGCUAUUACGUGUUACCCUUAUUCAAACAAAGUCUUUACUAACCUACUUACUUAGUACUUAUAUUUCUUGAAAAUGGGGGGGGCAGGGACUCGCUUAGCCCCCCCCCCCUUGAUCCAUCCAUGGACCAUGGGGAUUGUAUUACAUUAACCUCUGCAUUUUUGUAGUACAUUAACGUCUACAUUUUUUCCAAUUCAAAUUGUGAAUUUUCAAUUUUUUUAUUUAAAGCUCCUUAAAGUGUUUAAAUAUACUAUAUUAUAUGUAUCUAAUAAAACUUUAGCCUGAGCUA